AUGUCUUUUAUUGAGCAGAAGCUGCACCUGAUGAGCUUCUGCCACAGGAUAUUGCAGAAUGGAGCUUCUUCUAUUGAGUUUCUGCCUUAUCUGUGUCUUUCUAUGUCUUUUAUUGAGCAGAAGCUGCACCUGAUGAGCUUCUGCCAUAGGAUAUUGCAGAAUGGAGCUUCUUCCAUUGAGUUUCUGCCUGAUCUGUGUCUUUUUAUGGGUUUUAUUGAGCAGAAGCUGCACCUGAUGAGCUUUCGUCUUAGCAUAUUGCUAAAAUAGUACUUUCCCUGUUGAAUGGCUGCCUGAUCUGUGUCUUUCUGUGGGUUUUAUUGAGCAGAAGCUGCCCCUCAUGAGCUUCUGCCAUAGGAUAUUCCUGAAUGGAGCUUCUCCUAUUGAGUUUCUGUCUGGUCUGUGUCUUUCUAUGAGUUUUAUUGAGCAGAAGCUGCACCUGAUGAUCUUCCGUCUUAGCAUAUUUAUUUAUUUCCCCCAUUUAUACCCCACCUUUUUUCACCCUGAAAGAGACUCAGGGCGGCUUACAUAUGGCAACUAUUUAAUUCCUCACCAAAUACAAAAAGCUUAAAAUAAAUCAAUUUAAAAUGAAUAAAUUAUUAACAGUUAAAAACUACUUCAAUAUUAAAACCACGUCAUCCAGACUGUAGUCUGAGGCCAUUCCGUAAUCCAUUCACAUAUGUUAGGUCCAUUAUUGCACUAAGUUAUUUCCAAAAGCCUGGUCCCAUAACCAAGUUUUUACUUUCCUUCUGAAGGUUAGAAGGGAGGGGGCUGAUCUAAUAUCGCUAAGUAGGACUUCCCCGGUUAAAUGUCUGCCUGAUCUGUAUCUUUCUAUGGGUUUUAUUGAGCAGAUGCUGCACCUGAUCAGCUUCUGCCUUAGGAUAUUGCCAAAUGGGAUGUUCCCUCUUGAAUUUCUGCUUGAUCUGUGUCUUUCUAUGGGUUUUAUUGCGCAGAUGGUGCACCGGAUGAGCUUAUGCCUUAGGAUAUUGCUAAAUGGGACUUUCCCUGAUGAAUGUCUGCCUGAUCUGUGUCUUUCUGUGGGUUUUAUUUUGCAGACGCUGCACCUGAUGAGCUUAUGCCUUAGGAUAUUGCUAAAUGGGACUUUCUCAGUUGAAUGUCUGCCUGAUCUGUGUCUUUCUAUGGGUUUUAUUGUGCAGACACUGCACCGGAUGAGCUUCUGCCUUAGGAUAUUGCUAAAUGGGGCUUUCCCUGUCGAAUGUCUGCCUGGUCUGUAUCUUUCUAUGGGUUUUAUUGAGCAGAAGCUGCACCUGUUGAGCUUCUGCCGCAGGAUAUUGCUAAAUGGGACUUUCUCGGUUUAAUAUCUGCCUGAUCUUUGUCUUUCUAUGGGUUUUAUUGCGCAGACGCUGCACCUGAUGAGCUUCUGCCUUAGGAUAUUGCUAAAUGGGACUUUCCUGGUUUAAUGUCUGCCUGAUCUGUGUCUUUCUAUGGGUAUUUUUUGGGCAGAAGCUGCACCUGAUGGCCUUAGAAUACUGCUAAGCAAUCCCGAAGCAGCAAUUCUUCAAGGCGAGAAAGGCCUGGAAGAGCUCCAGCUCGUAUAUAGCUGAAUCCGGUUGAUCCCGGACGCCACAGGAAUUGUGCCGUGAUUUGCCGCAUCUUCUCUCCAAUCCGUUGCAGCACAACAUGGAGAAGAUCAAGCAGGCCGUGGACCGGGCCCGAGCUGCCUUCGACACGGGCAAGACGCGCCCCUUGCCCUUCCGCAUCCAGCAGCUGAAGGCCCUGCGGCGGAUGGUGGAGGAGCGGGAGGCCGACAUCACGGCCGCUCUCAAGGCUGACCUCAACAAGAACCAUUUCAGCGCCUUCAGCUUUGAGAUCAUGCAUGCCUUCACCGAGAUCGACGAGAUGGUGGAGCGGCUGCCGGAGUGGGCGGCCCCGCAGCGGGUGGGCAGGACCAUCAUGACGCUGACGGACGAGACCUACAUCCACCGGGAGCCCCUCGGCGUCGUCUGCGUCAUCGGCACCUGGAACUACCCCUUCGCCCUUGUCGUGCAGCCACUCAUCGGGGCCAUCGCCGCAGGGAACGCCGUGGUGAUUAAGCCGUCUGAGGUCAGUGAACAUACGGCCAAGCUCUUUGAAGAGAUGAUCCCCCAAUACCUUGACAAGGAUCUGUUCCCAGUGGUGAACGGCGGGGUGGCCGAGACGACGGAGCUGUUGAAGCAGCGCUUUGACCACAUCAUGUACACGGGGAGCAGCAUGGUGGGCAAGAUCAUCAUGGAGGCGGCGGCCAAGCACCUCACCCCUGUCACCCUGGAGCUGGGCGGGAAGAGCCCCUGCUACGUGGACACUGACUGCGACCUGGACGUGGCCUGCCGGCGCAUUGCGUGGGGAAAGUACGCCAACUCCGGCCAGACCUGCAUCGCCCCGGAUUACAUCCUCUGCCACCCGUCCAUUCAAAACCAGGUCGUGGAGAAGCUCAAAAAAGCAGUGAAGGAGUUUUACGGGGACGACAUCAAUAAUUCCCCGGAUUACGAGCGGAUCAUCACGAAACGCCACCUGAAGCGCCUCAUGAACCUCUUGGAGGGGCAGAAGAUUGCUUUCGGGGGCAAAGCGGACGAAAACACACGCUUUUUGGAGCCCACUGUGCUGGUGGAUGUGGAUCCGUCCGCCAAAGUGAUGCAGGAGGAGAUCUUUGGGCCCAUCCUGCCCAUCGUCCCCAUCCGCAGCCUGGACGAGGCCAUCAAGUUCAUCAACGCUCGCGAGAAGCCCCUGGCCCUGUAUGCCUUCGCCAGUGACAACAAGAAAAUCAAGCGCAUGAUCGCCGAGACGUCCAGCGGCGGAGUGACCGCCAACGACGUCCUGAUGCAUUUUGCCGUCCCCGGAUUUCCCUUCGGAGGAGUCGGUAACAGUGGGAUGGGGGCCUACCACGGGCACCACAGCUUCGAGGCCUUCUCCCACCGCCGGGCCUGCCUCAUCCGGGGGCUGAAGAUGGAGGCCGUCAACAACCUCCGCUACCCGCCGGCCACCCAGAAGAAGGCCGACUGGGGCAAGUUCCUGCUCAUGACCCACUUUAACAAGCGCAAGAUGGGGCUGGCCGCCCUGGCCCUCCUUGGCAUCCUGGUGGCCAUCGUGGUCAAGAACCACCAGCCGUUGCCAGAUAUUAAGACCUUCUUGGCCAACUCAGCAGAUCAGAUAAAGGGGAAGCUUGGGAUGAGCUGAUGGGAUCCAUACUCACGGCCGGCUGGCGGUUGCAGGGAGCUUUAUUUCUGAAUCCACAGACCUGGAAUCCGCUGUAAUGCAAGUUAGCAUUUGCUGGGAUAGAUUUGCUUUAUAUUCCUCCUCUUGCUGUAAUCCAUUAACAAGUUUGGCAACGGCUAUGAUGAAUAAUAGCCACACACAUAUAUAUAGAUAUUCCUUUGCUAAGUUGUUGGUCUUUUUUUUAAAAAAAGCCAACCCAAAGAGCACUUAUGCUUCUGACCUUUUAUAAUAUACAUAUAACAACACUAUUAUGAUCUAGACCAGGCAUGGGCAAACUUGGGCCUUCCGGGUGUUUUGGACUCCAACUCCCACUAUUCCUAACAGUUUGCCCAUUCCUAGAAACUGACAUUACUAAAAAGAAAGAAAGACAAAACAAUAUUUUAUACGGAACAAAGAAAGGAAAAGGACGACUCUCUCUCUCUCUAUGUUUAAUCAAUACGGAUCGGCUUGAAACGUAUGUACUUCGGCGUAUUGGGAAUAAACACGACUGACAUUA